AUGACGCACACGAACGAAGCCUGCAGACCUGCAUAUCAGAGACACCUUGGCAUGCCUUCAAAGAGCGAUCUCAGCGUCCCCGAACGAGAGGAUUACAUCAAAGCCGUUCUCUGCCUCCAGUCCCUCCCAGCCAGGCAUGACAGCAAGAAGAUCCCGGGUGCCAAGAGCAGAUUCGAUGACUUUGUCGCGGUGCACAUCAAUCUUACAAACCAAGUACAUGGAACUGCGAACUUCCUAGGUUGGCAUCGGGUCUACCUGUGGUUGUACGAAAAUGCUUUGCGCGAUGAGUGUGGCUACAAGGGCUACCAACCUUACAACAAUUGGGCCCGGUAUGCUUCCGACCCUGCAAACUCGCCCAUAUUCAAUGGUAACGCAUCGAGCAUGUCCGGUAACGGCGAGAAAUUUACAUACGAUGGAAUCUUUGUUGGCAUAGGGUCUAGCAUUCCUCCGGACCAGGGCGGUGGUUGUGUGACCAGCGGGCCAUUCAAAAAUAUGUCAGUGAAUCUGGGGCCGAUUGCUCCGGGCUCUGCUUCACUUAAAGUACCAGCCAACCCUCAACGUGAUGGUCUAGGUCACAAUCCCAGAUGUCUUCGACGAGACGUCAACAGAUAUAGUGCCGCACACACGGCCGCAAAUUAUACGGAAGCCCUCAUCACAAACGCAAGUGAUGUGGGGACAUUCCAAAAUAGGAUGCAAGGACAGGGCUUGACAAAUACCUGGGGUGUUCACAUAGGAGGUCACUACACUAUUGGAGGUGACCCCGGAGGCGAUUUCUUUGUUUCUCCUGGGGACCCUGCUUUCUACCUGCACCACGGCAUGAUCGACCGAGUCUGGUGGAUAUGGCAGAACCAGAAGCUUCCCGGACGACUGAGCGAGAUCGCGGGCGGCACGUCGAUGGGCGGCUUUCCUGGAGGGGCAAACAAGCCCGGGACACUGCAGGAUGACAUUUUGUAUGGGGUCCUUGGCCAAACACGCAAGCUUAAGGACGCACUCGAUACCAUGGCAGGACCCCUUUGUUACAUCUACAUCUAG